AUAUUGUUUGGGAUUCCGUGGCGAGACGAUCGUCGACAGAUCGCGCGCGCACCGAAACCGAAAAAUUCUAUAGCGACAAUAUCCAUUUAUUGAGCAAAAAACAAACCAUUAAUAAGAGAAAAAGAAUUUGAUUUAUCUACUAUUAUUCAUACUGUAAAUGCUCCAGUUUUCAGACAUUCUUGGGAUUCAGUUGCAAAGUAAAUCAGAAUACGUAAAAAAGUGUAAAAGUGCCGUCAAUCGAACAUAUACAUACAAUAUUUAAAGUCCAUUUAAGUGUUUGUAAAUAUAGCGAUAAAUAACCAACACAGAAACUAGGCCAAAAGCGGCCCCCUUUCUACCCCACCGGCACCAAGCAAUCACUUGUUGAGGCAUCUCCUCAUUUGCUGUACGCUUUGCUUAUCCUCAUCUCCGGUAUCAUCAAUAUUGAAUAUUAAAUGAGCCCAAUGAGUGGACUACGUCAUCAGCUGAAGAUGCUGGGAACAGCUCUGCUGGGCAAACGAGCCACCAAGUCUGUCAAAAAGAAACCAUUUACAGAGGUGGAAAUAACAGAUCUACGCACAGCAUUCGAUCUAUUAGACAGAAACCGUGACGGACGCGUCACCGCCAACGAGCUUCAGUUUAUGCUCAAGAACCUGGGCAUAAAUGUGCGUGAUGAAAUCAUACACGAUCUCAUCCGUGAGGCGAGCCAUUCAGGAAACGGCUUAAUCAACGAGGCCGAGUUCCUGCAAUGGGUGGGCAGGAUCCAGGCGCUGCGCGAUGAGCAGCAGCAGCACGAUGAUAACCCCAGUAACAGCAAACCCCUGGACGAGGCCGAUGAUGUCACCGAGGACUUGAUAGCCGCAUUUAGAGUAUUCGAUCGGGAUGGGAACGGAUUCAUAACGCGCGACGAGCUCCAGACCGCCAUGGAAAUGAUUGGCGAGCCCUUGAACGAGCAGCAGCUGGAGCAGUUGCUAGCCAUAGCCGAUUUGGAUCAGGAUGGUCGCAUCAAUUACGAGGAAUUUACGAGACUUCUGCUGUAAACAUUUUCAGCCCGGAAAGGAUGGUCAGCAAACAACUACAAAAAUUAGAAAUGGAAAAUAACGGGAAAGGUUAACCAUUUAACAUACACAAGUGUUAAGCUAUUAUGGAUAUACUCAGUCAACCGGAAAAUUAUUAUCAAAAAGAAAUUUGCAGAGUGAAAAAUUGCAAGCAAAAAUUACUUAAUAUUUUAUACAAAACUAAAGGAAGAAUUAUAUUUAUACAAACAGCGUGGGAGAAAGUGCAAGGCAGGCCAUACACACACACACUCACACCUACACUUAAACACAUUUUACAUUUUACACACGCACACACACACAUAUUACAAAAAUUAGCUUUGAAAGUUUUUUCGAUUGUAAAGAGUAAUAUAUUCGUUUAAGUACAUGAAGCCAGAACCACCCAAAAUUAAGUGGAAAACUUAGGAUUAUAAGUUGUUUUUUUUUUUUUUGUAAAAUUUUUUAUAGAUUAUACACACACACUCACACAGCAUACACACAAAACAACCAAAACAAAAAACAAACAAAAAAGAACAUAUAUAUUCAUAUUCGGAUAAGUCUGAGAGCGUGAGUGAUAUUGUGUUUAGGGUGAUGGAUGCAACAAGGGGCAUACAUAAUAAAAUAUAUAUGUAAAACAAGAAAUUAUGAAGAAAAUCCCUAGGUGGAUUCAUAUAUUUGUAUCUUAUUAAAUGUAGUUAUGCUGCUUUCAACGUAUGCGUGUUUCAAAAUCCCCCAAAACAGUUGUUUUCAAAAAGUUGUUAGAAUAAGAAAAUAAAUGUUAACAAUUUAUAUAAGAAAAAGUCCAAACGGAAACCUAUUUCAGUUGGAAAUAGUACUUGGAAAUGAAACGAAUGGAAACGAAUAAAGAAAAAACUAAAGAAGAAUAUAUGUAUGAACUAUACUCGUAUAAUAUUGUAUUGUAUUAAUGAAACAGCCCAAUUUGCGGAUCCAAAUCAAUUGAUCCAGUUCAAAAUCUAGUCAAAUUAAUUUGGAAUAAUUUCUUUAGGUUUCUGUUUUUUGAUUCCUAGCCAAAAUUCAAAGUCCAUUACAUAUUGCCGUCCCGGCUUAGCCAUAGUUCAAAAAAACUACAAGUAAUACCUUUUUUUUACAAAGAUUUCCACUAAUCCAUAGGACAUGAAGGUUUCAAAUUAGUUUUUUAUUCAUUUGCAUUUUUCAUUUCCUUUUUGAUAAAAAAAACAUUUAGGAGAAGACAAAGAAAUGGAGAGGAAAACUCAAAAAAUGUGCUCUUUUGAAACAUCAGUAAAGUGAAAAUUAAAAAUAUAUAUGUAUUUAUAUUUAAAUCAUUGUACAUAUGAAUCGUACGAGAGAGGCGGGAUAAGUGCACAGACAGCAAAUAAGUUUAUAAAUCAGGUCAAAGGUACAAAUAGUCAAAUGGGAAUCACAAGGAAAGCUAACCACAAAUUAUUGUAGGGUAUUUACAAAAACUGGACAACUUCAAGAGCAGGAAAA